AUGUCCUCUUGUGUGGGGGCCCCUCAGGCCUAUUUUGUUGCUGCAGGAUAUAGACAUGGGAAACACUCUGCACCAAAGUCCUCUGGGAGCAAAAACCGUCCAAGGUAAGGGCGUGUGAACUGUCUGUGUCUGUCUGUCUGUCUCAAAUAUUUCCAUCUCAUCACACCAUACACAGUGCUUAUACAUUAGUGUGAAACUUUAUUGAACUCCAUGCAAGGUGUACAUGAGUAAGUCAGGGAACCUAUAGUCCCCAAAAUAACUAUUAUUAUUAUUAUUAUUUCGGAACUAUAGGCUGCCUUUUGUCCACCCCUAUGGAUUUAAAAAAUGAAAGUUAAAUAAUGAUCACUCACCUCCUUGCUAACGGUGAUACUCCUCCAGUACAGCCUCCAGCUCCGGAUAGAAUGGAAUAGUCAGUUGGGGGACAGUUGGAGACACAAGACGUGAAUAACACGGAUCGAGGACUGAAAUUUGUGAAUAUGAAAGCAUACUUAAAUACACAAGGGUCCUCAUUUUAAAGAAUAUGCAAAGUUUAGUUACUUUAAUCCGCAAUAUCUGAUCAAUAAUUUCCUGUUAUAAUCAAAUCCUAUGUCUAGAUCCGACUGCUGUUACAUUUUUUUUCUCUACUAGCAGUUUAAUGAAGAAAUUACAGCAAUUCUUAUUGAAAAUCAGUUGCUCUCUGAAUGUUAUUUGGGACAAUAUUGUAAAUGUAACUUUGUUAAUUCAUUUUUGGCAUUUAUUGUUUAUAUGUGGUUUAAAAUCCUUGUAGUAGCUGCCUAAUAUUGCUUAUUUUAUGUUUGAAUGACAGUGUCCAGUAAUCACCGAUAAUAUUUGUAUUCCUCAGGACUUCUCCGACUGUCUGCACUGCAUUCAGAGACCCAGGAAGAGAAGUCAUGUCUUUAAAAUCAUCCACUAACACCAGGUGUGCAUACUGUUUGUUGUGUGUUUGGCUUUUAGAAUCUCUUUGCUGUAAUUGGCGCCUGCUUUCCAUUGCAAUGUAAGACAGAGAAGGGAUUAAAUCUAUAAUUAGUCACCCUGACAUUGGAGAAUUUGCACGUCCCCGCAUUUUACUUCAAUUAUACAACUCUGUUGAAAUAAUUCUUAAUUAUUACUUUCUCUUAUACAGAAAGUGGACAUCUCCCAGGCAGUCUGGUUGUAGAAUGAGGAGCAAGGAACCCGCUAAGGUAUUUUAAUGAUUUUUAUUUUUAAAAAUUGUUAAUUAAUUUGUAGGGAUUAAUAAGAAUAUUAUUUUCCGUCUCAUUAGAAAUAUAGUUUUUUGUCGGAAAUUGUUACCAUAAGACCUACCUAAGAGAUUUUCCUUGAAGCGAUAUGUUACUUUUUAGUGGCCAUUGCUGUGGUUAUUUAAAUGUGCCGUUUUAACACUUAUAUGGGUAACACAGAAUUCCACAGGAGGGCAUCAUCAUCAUCUUAAUUAAUAAAUAGAGAUUUGCAUAAAGCAACUAUGAUGUCUCAAAGGAACACUGCAAGCAUCAUAACCACUAAAGCUCGUUGUAGUGGUUAUGGUGGCAGGACUUCCCUGGCACUCCUCCACUGUAAGUAGUCAAACUGUUUUUGCACUGAGUAGUUUGCUGGGCUCAGUUCCUUGCUUCUACUGCCAACACAGUAGAGCCAGAACUUUUGUUAGCAGGAACUUCCGUUCGCUCUCCUGAGCUCAACCCUACAGUGCAAGGCUUAGCUCAAUGGCUGAAAGAGUUACGGUAGCUUUCCAGUGUUGGUAGUGGAGGCAGGCAGCAGUGUGUCUAGUAGAUCCCAGGUAAAUCAUCACAUGUACGUUAAACAACAUUAAAAUGAUUUGACUUAUUACAAUGGUGGGAGGGGGGACACAAAGGAUUCCUACAGUGAGCUGCGGUGGUUGUGGUGCUUGGACUGUUCCUUUAAUCAGUGAAAUUGAAGUAUUCACCGGAUCAGAACUGGGACAUGAUCUGGUGAAUCUUUGAUCGUGUGUAGCUUGGUCCCCCAAAGACCAGUAACCGCGCUCUUCAGGAAGGAUGCCAAAGUGUUAAGGAGGCAUCUGUGGAUUUGGUAUAGUGUUCCUUUAAGGGGACCUUUAGGUGUCAGAGCCUAUCAUUUUUAAAAAAUUUAUUUUGAAGCACAUUACAGCUGGAUUUUGUGUGUGAAGAAGUUUUGGCGGAAUUGGCGGUUAGUGAAGUUUUAAGAUUCCUUUGGAAUUUGACUCCAUGUUAUAUAUGUAAACCAUCCCAAAACCAGCACAUAACAGGGUACAUUGCAAGUGCUUCAUAAACCAGGACACAGUGAGUUAAACUGUACAGUCUAUCUAAACUGGCAUUUAAUGUUUUACAUAUCAAGUACUUCUGAUAACAGAAUAAGAUAAUUCAAGCUGUAAUGGGUUAUCUCAUUGGGCAUAAAUAAUUUACAUAGCAAGUGUUAUGUAACCCAGAAUACAGUGAGUUUAACUGUAAUGGGUUAUCUAAUCAUGUGUAUCUAUAAUGGGUUACCUAGCAAGUGUUCUAUAAACCAGAAUACAAUCCGUCAAACAGCAAUGUAGAAGUAUCCAACUGAAAAUAAAUUGUAGCAGGUUACCCAGCUCUGCUUCUGACAUCAUUAAAGGACCACUAUGGACUCCCAGACGUAAUCAUCUCAAUGACGUGGUCUGGGUGCAGUGUCCCGGUUAAUUUAGUCCUGCAAUGUAAAACAUUGCACUUUUGUAGAUUGGGCAAUGUUUUCGUUGCAAAGUUAACACACUGCUCUUGGUUGUAUUCCUGACAGACACUAGAGGCACUUCCUCUAAAUAACUGAGUCACACUCGGUUAGUCAAUCAUAUGGUGCUUGUAUAGAAAAUUUGAUUGGCUCAGUCUGGCUUUUUGCUGUGUAUGUCCACUUGCCUUCCGUUUCUCCCCUAUGACGAUGCUUUAGAUUGGCUGAGAUCAUUAACACUGAUGAUCUCAGCCAAAAAGAUGGGGGUUAAUGGAGAGACCACUGCUCUACAGGAUAUAGGGUAAGUAAAUCUCUUCUUUUUUUUUAACCAUUUCAAACAUCUAAAUAUUGAGGAGAACACUAUAGCAUUAGGAAUACAUAUUUGUUCCCUUAACCCCACAAGGACAGAGGUGACGGUCCGCAUUCUAAACCAAAACAAAACAUUGAACCUGUAAUUUAAGGGUUUCUCUUUAAGUUUCCCCUAUGUAUUAUAUAUAAUAUUUUAAAGGACAGAUGUUUCAUUUAACAAACCUAUAUGUACACCUAAUACAAUAUUACAUGUGAAUUUAUUUUUUAAAAACACUUUUGCCUAUCAUUUUUACACAUCCAGUGAAACUAAUUAAAAAGAACUCAAAUUAGAUUAGUACAUCAAUCCUGAUUGUUAAAUGCCUAAUAUAUCUAGGAUCUAAGUACAUUUUUGAUAGUUAACACUAAUGCUUAACUAACCACACCCCUUACCCAACGUUUACACUAAAUUGAACUGUAUGCCUACCCUAAUCUUACUUUAAUCUUCAACCCUGUACUAUCUUUAACCCCUCCCUACAUUUCAAUUGGACAAAGAAGAACAUGUUAAUUUGUGGGGUGUGACCAAGGGCGUGGCUAUUCUGAGAUGUUUUGGUGAUAUAUUAAUAGCAAUUAAUGCAAAUACAAUGUAAUUUAGAAUAAGAAAAAUGCAACAUUUUACACAGAUUUCUAAACACAUAGACAGACAUUAGGAAAGAAAAGGACAGAGGGAUUUGGGCCCAAUAUAGGGACUGUUCUUCCUAAAUAGGAACACUUGGAAAGUAUUGCUACCAAUUGCCUUAUGCAGUAGUCACAGCAGUCCUCAAAUAAGAUCUGAAGUUCUAACUACCUUCGAGGGAGCUACCCAUUGUAUGCCACCACUUUACUUUUAUUUCUGUUUAUAGAAAAUGCUCUGCAACCUCCUGAAAAGUAGUUAGAAGUUGGAAAUAAGCACUUACACAUUCCGUGAAUGCCAAUCUUGGGUAUCCCAAGAGAUGCUCAGUCAGUUGAUGGGCGAGACAAGACAUCGCUAAAGUAACUAGUCAUUAACGAGUUGCUGCCUGCCAAGCAGUUGUUUUUUGUGCUAUUCUAGGGCCCCCAUGAUAUUGUGAGUCCAUGGCGGCCCUAGAAGAAGUGCCAAAACACAGAUCUCUUCUUGGUACUAUCUUGGCUCUGACAUCCCCUAUCAAACUGAAUAGAUACGUCGGAAAUAGCUUCUUAAAUGAGACUCAAUGCCUGAAGUUUUUUUAAUAUGAUUUUGAUCUGCCCAAUUGAUGCUCUACAGCAGGAAUAGGCAACCUUUGACACUUAAGAUGUUGUGGACACUUCAGAUGUUACAUCUCCAAUAAUGCUCUUACAGCCAUAAUGCUGGCAGAGCAUCUGGGGAAAUGUAGUUCACAACAUCUGGAGUGUCAAAGGUUGCCUACCACUACUCUACAGCAUCAUUAGACAGCCACCAAUCUGAGGGCAGAGGAAAACUGCAGGACUCAAAUCAUUAACAGAUACAACCAGUGGUAGAACCAAUCAGUAGAGAAUAUAUUUAUUGGAGGUCCCCUGUCAUGCCCAUAAUGUAUUACGUGUAUUUUCAUGUAGCAGAAAUAUAAAAUAUAUAAUAGAACCCUGGUCUAUUCCCUUGGAUUAUUGCUUUGCCCUGUUUGGGGCCGACUCAUUUAACUGGAAAAAAUAUUGAGAAUUGAAUAGUCAUUUCCAGCAGUUCAAAGAACAGUAUACCUUAAUGAAUCUGUUUCACAUUGCUAAAUGUACAAUCUGACAGGGGAGGGAGAGCAGAGAGAGUUCUGGUCAGCUAGGUGACAGCACAGCUAUUAAGGUCAAAUUAACACAGUGAUCAUCAUGAGCUACCGGUGGCUCAAUAGAUGCACUGUUGCAGUGCAGCCUGGCCUCCUGGCUAACUGGAAUCCUGAAUGUACUCCUUUUCUUAUGGACGGCUGGUGGCACUGGAGGCGCCAGUGCCAGUUCAUCUGCUGCCUUACUGGUAGUUCCUUCCCAAGAUACAACACAGUUUUAACAUGCACCUAUUACAAAGCCUGGUGUACGUUUUAGCUUUCUACGAAAGCUUUCAAGUUACAAAACCAUAAUUUCUAAUGUAGGUUUAACACAACACAGGUCCAAGUUCAAUCUUCCACACAACCGUUUCUGCAUUUGAGCCUAAAGAAGGUGAAAAACCCGAUUUUGAACCUUUUUUUAAUUGUGCAACAAACAGAGGCAGAAUCCUUCUUGAUUUCAAAAGAACAAUCAGAUAUGCUUUGUAAACCAUUGGAUAGAGUUCGAACUUGUUCAUCAACAGUUACGCCAUGCAUGAUUGCAGAUCAUGACUUUUUUUGCAUCAAAACUGGUAGAACCCUGCCUCGGGAGCCACUGUGAAUGCAACCACUGCCCUAAAAUUGCAAACAAAAGAGGAAAAAGGUUGCUAAGAAAGAAAGUAGUGUUCAUUUUUAUUUAUGUCAUUUUAAUUUUCCUUUUCAUCUGUUUAGAGUGAGAAGGAGUAUUUGGUCAUAUCAACUGGCUAUACAAUGAUGCGGUCUAAGAGGAAGAGUUUUUUGGGGGUGCUGCCCAGGAAGUUGAAGAAAAAAACAAUUUCACACCUCCCAGAUCCAGGUAAAAUCAUAAAACAGAGUUUGGAUUUGUCCUCCUUUAGUGAGUGUCUGAGGUUCAUAUAUCAAAAUAAAAUGAAAGGAAAUUCGAUGCCCUAGUGACUUUCGCAGUAAAAUAUAUUCACUGAAAUAAAUUGCAGCAUUGCUUAGAGAACGUUAACCAAUUCGAAUAAUUCCUUUGUUUUUGUUAAUUUGCCUUUUAACCCUUUCUUGAUGGACGACAUACUGGAUAUGUCACUCUACUUAAGCACUAUGUAUCGACUGAUAUACACUGUAUGGUCACCACCAAAAGGGCUGGUGGUCUUGCUGUGAUUGUCGAGGCCAGGCUGUUUGUCGAUGCCCCAAGUGAUAUCAUUGAUUUGGGUUAACAAAAGUUAGAUAGAGUUAAAAAUAGCAUCCAAGUUUCAUGGUGGAUCGUAUUCAAUCCUUGCAAUAUUCGUCCUAUGACUUUCAAAAAGUAAUGAAAAUUCUAGACAUAUGAGGCUUUUUGUCAAUAAGGUCUAGUAAGUAAAUCUUUUUCAGUUAUUUUCCAUAGUUGCAUUAGUUAUGGAGAAAUUAUCGUAAGCCAAACCGUGACAUAAUUCGAUUCAUAAUGGAAGGCAAAACGAGGAUUGGAUCAGGAUAAAAUAGAAUAGAAAAUAUUUACUGUCUGUCUGACAUAUUCUGUUUUCACUUCUAGAUUGUCAGAUCCUGAUGAAAUGUAAGUAUUACUACAAAACACUUGAAAUAGUAAACAAACAGAUUUUUCAUUUAAUUCUGUGGGUUUUUUUAUAUACACAUUUUUAUCAAAGUAUGUAUUAUCGUAGUGUAUUUCAGAAUACUUUAUUACAUAAUAUUUAAAUACAUGAUCUACAAUCCCAUAUUUGUAUUAACCUAUGUAUUGUUUAGUUAUAUCUCUAUUUAUUGAAAUGGAAUGGUUUGAUUACUUGCUUCUGAUUUCAUAAUAAGAAUGUGUAUAUUUGACCUCUUCGGUAUGCGUCACAAUGCAAGAGCAGUCGGUAAAAACAAUGCUUCGAUGGUACACUACCCCCGUACAGCUAUACCGCAUGAGGAAGACUCCCACGCAGUGGUGUAUCCUGGUUUUGUGCUGCCCUAGGCAGGACAAAACUCAGGCGCCCCUCAACCCCCCCCCCGCGCGCGCACGACCCCCACCCAUCCCUUCCCCUCUGCGCGCGCGACCCCCACCCAUCCCUUCCCCCCGCCUUCUAAAUACACACACACUCACUGACAGAUAUGCGUACACUACCUAACAGAAACACAAACUCACUGACACACGCAGUCAAACACACACACUCACUAGCAGAGACACACUCACAAACACACACUCACAGACAGACACACACACACUAACAGACACACACACUCACUAACACUCACACACACUCUAACACACACUCACUAACAGACACACACACUCACUAACACUCACACACACUAACACAUACACUCACUAACACUCACACACACUCACACACACUCACUAACAGACACUCACUAACAGACACACACACUCACUAACACACACACUCACUAACACUCUAACACACACUCACUAACAGACACACACACUCACUAACACUCACACACACUCACUAACAGACACUCACUAACAGACACACACACUCACUAAUAGACACACACACACUCACUGACACACACACACACACUCACUAACAGACACACACUCACAUUAACACAUGUACUUUUUAAACCCCCCCCCUCCUCCAGCCUCCUUACCUUUGGGAGUGCUGGGGAGGGAAGGGGUUCUCUAUCUCCCUGGUGGUCCAGUGGCUGCUGGGUGGGCGGAAUUGGCGGGCGGGCGGCUGACGAGGGAGCUUUUCCUGUGAGCUGUCUGCUCAGCUCCCUCGCGCGCCGCACAGUGAGGCUGGUAGCCGGAAUAUGACGUCAUAUUCCGGCUCCUAGCCUCACUCUGCGGCGCGCGAGGGAGCUGAGCAGACAGCUCACAGGAAGAGCUCCCUCGCUCGCUCGCCCGCCCACCAAUGCCGACCAGCGCCCGGCAUGUCUGUUAGCCGCGAGGCUAACAAGACAUUUGCCCUGGGCAUUUGGGGGGCGGCUUUUUUUGCCGCCCCCUGAAAAAUGCCGCCCAAGGCAAAUGCCUUGUUUGCCUCGCGGCUAAAACGCCCCUGCUCCCACGGACUUGUGCUGGAGGGGGUGUGGUGCCAUAGGAACAUAUAGGCAUAUGUGGUGGGACUGUCCAGUGGUAAGCAAAUUCUGGACACAAGUCAGAGAUGUGAUAACCCAAGUCUUUUCCAGAGCCCCAGAGUUAGACCUGUGGGUCUACUUACUGAGCAGUUCAAUAGAGGGGUGGACCCGGAGGGAGCAGAAACUCCUUCAUAAAAUCACAUUAGCAGCAAGGAGAGCCAUAGCGGCGAAUUGGCUAAAACAGACAGCCCCCACGAUCCAAGGGGUUCUAACCAGAAUUAAGGAAGUGCACCUCAUGGACGACUUAACCGCCAGAAUAAGAGAUACCUAUAAGGCCUUUCAGAGAAUAUGGGAGCCGUGGGAAAGUUCCCCAUUAGGGGGAUAGAGUGCGGAGGGGAGUGUGGCGCUCCGCGCCCCCCACAUACCCUCCCCACCCCCUCCUUCCCUACUUAUUGUUCACCCCACUUUUCUCUCUUUCUGUCUCCACCGCAACAAUUGCCUGAUCGCUUUGUGUCCACGGGGCCCGCUAGUUAGGCAAGAGGAAUUGAGGUACCCCCGCUGACCCUCCAGGAGGGACACUAUUCAAGUAUACAGAAUGAAAUAUACAUAAUCAGGUAUAAGGAGAGAAGACUAAAACACCAAAUGAGGGGUUGCUGUAGACAUACGGGAGGGACCUCUAAUGGGGUGUAGCCUAGUGAGGAGAUGUCACACGGGGAAAGUCGACGGGAGGGAAAGACGGGGAUAGAGGACCAGGGGCAGCGAAAUAGGGGGUGGAGAUACUUGUUCUUUUUUAAUUAAGAAAACUGGCAUUGACAUGGGCAGUGACUGAAUACGAGCCAGAUGGACGCACAUUCCAUUCGAAGACUCGACGCACGGCACAGUAGAAUGCAGGGGAGGAUAUGGGAUAUACACACGCUGAUAUCUAGGGUUUUUUCUUUUGCAUAGUAUAUAAAAACGAUGUAUGUCACCGAGGUGCUUGUGUCAUAUGUGCAUCUGCUUGUCAUGUCAAUGCUAACUGUUAAAUAAAGAAUUGAAAAAAAAAAAAGAGUGUGUAUAUUUAUUCACAAGCAUGUCGUCCAUUUUUACACACACCAGUGAUCUAUUUCACGAUAGUAAUGAUGGUUCUAACAUUGUGUAUUGCACCAAUAGACCCAGUGUGAAAACAAGUCGCCUAGCAACUGCACAAAAACCUGAGAAAAGGGAACAACUGCCAAUAAGAAGGUAUGGAAAACGAUAUCAGUGAGACCAAUGCCUGUUGAACCCCAGAAGUUACAACUCCCAUAAUUAUCUGUCAGUUUAUCUUUCACAUGGAAUUCUUUUUUACAAUCUUUAUUUAUAAACAUUUUGAUUAACACACAAGACAAAAAAACAAAACAAGAAUCUAAAUGAAGAUACAGCAAUAGACACAUUUUGGUGGUCUACACCCAGUGAGCUUAUAGACAGUAUGUCCAAGAACCCAUUCCAGUUGUUAGUAGAGCAUUAAAGGGCAUAACUUCAUAAAUACAAAAUACAGUGAGGAGUUAAGACUAUUAGAUGACAAGAGCCAAUAUAUAAAAUAGGAUCAGAGGAGGAAAAAAGAGAGAAGUAAAAUAAGGAAUUAGAGGUGGACACCUUUGUUUAGUUUAUACUUUCUGUGAUAUUUGCAGUAUGUAUUGUCCUUUCACCUGUUAAGAACUCUUGUUUUUUGUUGAGCAUCUCUUAAUGUCUCUUAGUCCAUUUAGAACUUGACAAUAUUUCCUGUGGUUGCAUUCCAAAGAGUCCCUAUAGAUAUCUGAAAAGUUUGAAGAUAUAUUCAACAAAUAGUGAACUUGUGAUCAUGAGUUUCCAUGCAGUUUUGUCAAACUAAAACUUUAGGAAUUGAGACUAGGCCUCAAUGUCAUUACUGGUAUAUAAUACAGGAUUUAUCUGAUACCUUGCAGGGAAAAUAUUGUGGAAGAUUUGCAAGAACAAAUUGCUAAACUAACUGUACUUCUGGAACAAGAGACAACGGAACAUCAGAAGACACAUAGACGAGUGAGUUCAAAAGGACCAGGCUGUUGGGCAGUUUUAAAAAUUGACCCUUAGCAUUUAUAGUAUGUCAUACAGUUCAUUGAGAAGGGGGAAGGCAGGUGUGCACUAGCACAGCUUGCCUGCCACUUCUGUUAGCUUCACAGAGCUUACAGAAGUUGAAUAAUACCUCUCUGGCUUAAAUGUCACACAUGUGACAGGCUUCAGAUACGUGUAGUUUUCCUUUAAAAUGCCUGUGCUGAUGAUAGGUGCAUAUCAUUCCUUUUCCCUACGGUCUCCAUCAGGGUGGUGCCCAUAUAAGCAUGGAACAUCAAAUGGUACAGAUAUCUGCCCAUGGACACAUGCAUUUCCUGCUAUGUCUGUGUACAUAAUUUCUUCCUUUAGUUCCCUUCCUUUGGAGUCCAGGAACAGCAAUGCUAUAUGAAUCUGAAGAGGCGUACAGGUCAUUAUUGUAGAAUUGUCCAUGGUACUUGCAUCUAAUUGUAAACAGGAAAGAAAAUACCUUUCCAAUAUAUUCAUUUUAAAGUGAUGGCCCAGAGUAGCAAUCUAAAAAUCCAAAUGUGAACUAUCUUAGCUAUUAGGUUUUAGGUUAGGAGUAAUAGGUCGGGUUGCUAAGUAAUUCUUAUAUUGCAAAAAUUCCACUCUGUGCUGUAAUUACACCAGAUGAGAUCUGCUCUUAACAACUACACGCUCAGCUGCGGAGUGCUCAUCCCACCAGGUGACAUUUUGAAUUGCCUACUGUCAUAGUGAAAUAAAGUAAGCUCUACAGAAAUCAGUGUAACGAGACCCUGGCUUUUAAAUCACACACAUAUUUCCUCUUAAUUACUUUCUCAUGGCAUGGAUAUUUAAAGACAGCAGUUAUUACUUAAUGACAUGUAAAUGAAUGUGCUAACUGGAUUCAUUUUAUAUGUUCUGUACGCUCUACUAAAUUACAGCUAACUCAGGAAUUGGAAGACAGCUACCAUAAUAAUGAAGAGGAAAUAAGGUAAACAUCACAUACAGAAUGUAUGUCUUCUCAGUAUCUCACUGUGCAGGUUGUGUUCCCAAAUAUUUCAAGCACUGUGCUGCAUUUUGACCGGUGGUGAGGUGUGAAGGAUUGAGGGGUGGUGAACUAGUUCACUGUCCUCAGUUUUCCUGGGGCAAUCUAACACUAUCUUCCUAUGCAUCAGCUCCCUGCUCUAAAAAUUCUCACACCUGCCCUUUUUAUACUGAGCAGAGCUAUCCUCUGUUCUUUGGUUAUAUCUUCCCAUUGCCUUAUCCAAGCCAUCUCCCAAACUAUACCUGUCCUCUGGAAUUCCUCAUUUAGCUCUAUCACACUUAACCCACAGCUUAAAACAUUUCUUGAAUUUACCUAUUCCGGGAAACCUAUCUCCUUUCCAUUUUCUUUUGAAUCUAUUACACAGAUUACAUGCUAAAAUUACCACGUCUAAUGUCCUUCACUUCCUUCAACAUUUUGCCCUUUACUGUCCAACUUCCUACUCCCUGCAGCCCCUUUUCUUCUGUUUAUAUCACCAAUCACUUUAAGUUCCCAAGAGCAAGACCCCCUUUCCUUCUCUGCCAGUAUGUAGCAAGCUGUAUGUUACAUGAAACUUUAUGUAAUGUUUAUUCAAUGUAAUCUUGUUUGUAACCCUGUUAUAUGGUAGUGUAAUAGUGCUCUAUAAAUAAUAAUGGUAACACUAAAAUCUAUGUGCUGUGGGCUAUCUGCCAGAGAUAGGGUUGACCGAAUGUUGUGGCUUGUUCAGGAAUCUUCAGAUGAAACACGCGGAAGAACUUCUUGCGCUUCAACAGCAACACAAUACUGAACUACAAGAAGAGAAGGACGAGGCUGAAAAGAAGUUUGGUAAGACUAUGUUUUUUUUAAAUUUAUUUAUUUAGUUUUUUGCAGGUAAGACAUAACAUCUCAAUUCUAUUUGCAUUAAGAACAGCAAUAUCAAUAUAAAAGAAAACAUUUCCAUUUCCUCUUUUUUCAAGUUAUGAUGUUAUGAUAGUACAGUAUCCUGCAAACAUAUUACUCUAGUACUAUGAGCCUGUAUCCCCAAACUGAAAAAAUGGUACGGCAUAGGGUGAAAUGGAUGAGUUAGAUAUCCUAUAACAAAUCUGCCCACUCAAGGCUAUAAAGUGGGAUUGACAGGAUUGAAAUACCCUUAAUCAAGAUGGUGGCAGGGAUAGCAGGUAAGAUGUCCCCAACAGUGCGGAAGGUAUUGUUAGACUGUAUGAUAUUUAGCAUCAAUGUGAGCACAUAAUGAUAAAAUCACACUCUGUUACUUGACUGUUGGCUCUGAAAAGUAAUGUUUAACCCCUAUUUUAAGCAGGAAAAAAUUGUACAAGUCAGCCACAUACAAAGAUAAAAAAACAAUAGCAAGUAUGGAGUGUGGAUCAUGCUGAGGAUUCUUGUCCCUCUCCCGUUCUUGGAACAAAUGUAAUCACUCUGCGUAAAUCCCAUCAAUGUGUUGAGACAGAUUAGUUGGUGCAGAAAGUCCCAGGGCCAUUAGGAAGAAUGGAGCUUCUUCCACGGACUUGAUGGUGAGGACAAUUCCAUCGCUGGACCCCAGCAAUGACUGUGAAUCCACUUAGAAAUCUUCUCCAUUGCAGAAUUGCUGUAGGCGGGUCUUGAUAAAAGAUAAAUUGACUAUCUUCAAAGACUAGUGAAGGUUUGCCUUGUACCGAUGUCAUGAUUCUUCGCUUGUCAUGAAAUGUUUGGCACUGGAGUAUUACAUCCCGAGUGGCCGAUGAUGGUGCCUUUGCCGCCUUGUUAAUGUGGUGCAGUCUAUCCAGUGUUAGCUUUUUGGCAAAAUUGGGGGUAGAAUGGAAGCCAUUAUACUUCUCACAUAGUGUGGAAGCUCUUCCAUGUUGAUGUCACCUGGGAUGUCUUCAUCUACUGCAUUCCUCCAACACAUCUACCUUGAGUGUAACACCUUAAGUUGUUUGCAGUGGCUGAAUGUCCCCCUUAAUAGAGAACAUGCCCUGAUGGUGUCGAGGAUAUCUAAGCCCUACGCCUAUCAGUAACCACCCGCACAUCAGCCUUUAUUAAACCCAGAUGUCCGCUAAUAAUUUCUGAAUGUCCUAUUUUGUGCAGGUGUUGUCAAAGCUGUGUCUCCUGUUAGAGGAGCUUGGUUAGAGACCUCCUCAAUAGUUGUCAAUAGUGUCACCCACCAAGUAGGCCUCACAAUCCUCUGAAUCCACAAUUUUGACAGACUAGUGACGUUGAAAUGAUGUGCCUAUAUCCUGGCUAACUGCCAGGGUGCCUGACGCCGGUCUCUAUGACCGGCGUCUCAUCUCUGUGGCUGAUUGUGUUGUGUCAGUAACCACUGUAAUUGGGGUAAGUUCCUACCAAACACAUGGCUCCUCUAAACUGGUAGGUAAGUAAGAACCCAGAUCUUCGGCGUCGCUUCUAGUUUAUCUAAGUGAAUAAAAAAAACCUUAAGGUUGUAGCUGGAGAUGUGUACAGCAAUAUUCCAGUAGAGUAAAAUCGAUACCGGUCUCUUUGACUGUAUCAUUUGUCAAAAUUAGUCAGAAGUUGCAGGAGCUGCCCAGUAUGGCGUGUAGUUUGGAUAGAUGCCAGAUUCUGCCCACCAGUAAAAUUAUGUUUUGAAUAAAAUAAUAAAAUAAAUUCCUGUUACUGUAGUGGACUUUACAAAAGAUUGUUGAUUGUUGCAGAGGCUUGUCUUUAAUACGAAAUCCAAUCCUUAGCACACUGUAGCCAGUGAUUUCAUAGUUUGCAUGCUCACUGGCUGUGCUAUAAACCAGAUUAAAGAAAUGCUGUAGGAUGAACACAAAAUCAAACAAGUCCCACUCUUGCAAAGUUAAAAAAAUAUAUAAUAGACUAUGAUACGAACUGUCAUUUUAGAUUUGUCAUGAGAAUUCUUGCUCAAUAUGAAAAUGUCAUAACAUUUUAAGAGCCGUUAUAUUAGACAUGCAUUAUAUUGAGUGUAUGAAAGUGUGUGAGCUGAAAGGUUCUAUCUGAUGACCCAUUGUACCCGUAAAACCUAUACAACUCACAUAGAAAAUAACCUGACCCAAACAAAAAAUAACAAAGUGAAAAAAUAUAACAAGAAUGUAGUUAAAAGUAUGAAUAUCUGGGGAUCUUUUAAUUUGAUUAUUAUACCACUACAUCACUCUUUCUGACUACCAUGUUGAAUAAGUUUAGAUGAGUCUCAGAUUUGAUGUAGAUGUGUCAUAAGCCCUAUCGCCCUAUCAUACUAGCAAAUAUCCAGAGGGUUUAAAUUAUAUUUGAUGUCAACAAGAAGGUAGUAAGGUAUACACUUUUUUAUACAAUGCAGACGUUUCAGUUGGAAAAAUACAUAAAAACAUAAAUAGUUUUUCUCAGCAGUUUAUGUUAGAAAACAAAUUUUAAUCUUUAAACAUAACUUUCAUUUCAGUUUGAAGAAGUCUUGUUUAAUUCCCUUUGACUUUUGGAUAAUGUGACAGUUUUUGUUAGUCUUGCUAAAAUUCUGUAUUUUCUUUGUACAGACAAAUUGCAAAAAGAGAACGUCCUGCUGCAGAGUUCCUUUAGAACAUACCAGGUAAGUAUCCAUAUUAUAAGACACUGGGUAAGGCUCACUAACACAAAGUACCAGUAGGGGCAAACUUUGAAAUUAUUCAUAGAGGAGUGUGCAGAUCGAAAAAUUAUACAUGUUCGCUCAAUUUGGGUGAACAACCACAUGAUUGAUUGUAACGCUUUAUUACCAUGGUGAUCAAAAUAUGAAAAUCGAUCUAUACCAUAAUACUGUAGAGCCUAUGAUGUUAUGGACUCCACUUGUGAUAUCGGCACAAAGCUAAACAGCUACUCCAAGCUAUAAAUGAUUGAUAAUAAAUAAAUACAUUUUAAAAAUGGGGGAGUGAGAUCAGAAAGUGCAAUGCAUUAUAGCUGCGGUGAUUUGUUUUGUUUUUUAAACAAAUUACUGAGGCUAUAAGCUACUCUCACUGAAAUUGAGUGUAUGGUACUCUCUGCACAUCCACCUAUGCAAUCUUGGACGUGGAAUUGUUAUGGUGAUUAGAGUGACCAUUUAACAACAUGCAUUAUAAAAAUGAGAUAGGAGUGGUGAUGUUGGACUAGCCAAUGUCAGAACCCCAAGGUAGGUUACAAGAGGUAACAACGUGCAUUAUAGCUUAUACAUAUCUUUCAUGUACAAUUAUAAUACAAAAUAUGAUCUGAAUAGAAUUAUUUAUAUCACUAUCAGAAAACCUUUUUUACUAUAUGAAGCAGAUUUUGUCUGCACAGCUUAACAGAAAGCUCCAUAUUGUCUCCAUCCCAUAUGGAGUUACACUACUGUUUAGAUAUACACGAUAUAGAAUAACCUUAUAGCUAUCUGUCAUAGGAAAGUCUGUCGGAGGAGAUGAAUGCAGAAUGGCUCCUGAAGGAGGCACAAUGGAAAGAAACGUUUGAAAAUGAGAAACUGAAGGAGUUGACAAAGCAAAGUGAGAAUCGUGUGACAUUUGUGAGAGGAGUCUAUUAAAUGAUCUUAUGUGAUUAUGUUUGUAAAGGAACACUCCAGAAUUCUAAAUAAAUACAUUUAGACUGAAUGUGUUUUGUGUUCCAGAGCUUUCUCUGAUGAAUGCGUUUGAAGAACAGAAAAGUGAAUUGAGGAAGAGAGCUCAGGAAGAUGUAUCUAUGGUUCAGCAGAGCUAUGAGAAGAAAAUGGAGGUAGCUUAUUUAUAGGGUGGAAGAUUGUAUUUUCAUAUACCGGGUCUUUAUUCUUGAUAUUAUAUGGUAAUAGUUUCCUGUAACAAUAGCUUUUUAUUAUUUUGCAAGAUGCUACCUCCACGUUGGGCUGUGUUUUGAAAAAUAUAUAUUUUUUAAAAUGGACAGAAAGUAAGUAUUCCAUUAACAAAUGACUAUGCUCCAAAACAUGCAAAGACAGAUCAUUUUAAACAGGGGAUGUGCUCGUACACAUACAGGGUUAUUCACUAACGUGCUUAUUUAUUGAAAACUCAGUAAUGUAGAAUUAUUUUGAAAAAAAACAGACAAAUUGUAGCCACAUGUAACAAAAGCACAGCUUAGUGGAAAGGGGCCUUGACAGGGGUUAGGAGGCGGGCAUAGGAGGAAGCUAAUGGAAUUGGUUAAUUGAGGGUUAAGGGGCUGGGCUAUAUAAGUAGGCAGACAUCUUGGAAAAAUCACUUUUAACUUGCCUACCUGGCUGAGUUUGUCCCACCCUCCCUCCCUGGGUUGUUGGUCAUAGUGGGGUUCCCGUUUUGUCACAGCGGUGAGAUAGGGAGCUCUAGGAGAGGAAAUAGGCUCCCCGGUAGGAGGGUUAUGUUAAUGGUUAUUGGUAUGUUUGGUAGCUUUCGAGUCCUGUCGGUGGCUCAGAACCUGGUGGGGAAGGGGUAUGCGGGUAUACCCCUACCAUGGUUAAAUUAUAAUAAAUGGUUGGCAUUUUAAGUGGUUAUAUUGGUAUAAUGUUAUAUAUAAAUUGAUAUAUAUAUGUUAUUUAUAGUGGGGUCAUUGCCUUUUUAUACCUAACAGAAGGAUACGGAAACAGGGCGGGGCAUAGGGCAAUGACCCAUAAGUUUCUAUGUUAAAUUAUUAUUAUUACUUAUAUAUUUAAUAAAGCUGUGGACAAUUUUACCCAUAUACCCUAAUGUCCGUGUUUUAUUGGCGUAGGUAUGUGGGGGGUUGUCCAAGGUUCCGGAUGUCCAUAUGGCAACGAUACACCGGUCAUGGAAACAUUGCUGACUUCGUGUUUUUUUUCCCAAUUUGAAUCGUUUUAGCUAAAUUUCACAAUGACUUCAAUUUGAAUUCCUGACAUUUAACAUUGUGGUGAAUAGCCCCGUGGUUAUUACGCUAUUGCUUUACAACCGUUUGAGAAUUACCUAGCUGCUUGAAAAUCAUUGUUGACAGUUUUAGACUUCGGGAGCCUUGUAAAUGCAGCAAUAAGAGAUCAUUAUAUUGGAUGUUACGGACUGCAAUGUUUAAUUUAUGAUUUUGUUUUUCAAACACUGAAAAGGCAAUGAGAUGGGAAUUUCCAUUUGCAGUGCUUAUUUCUUUAUGAUAAAGUGCUUUGUACUGAGUUUAAAUUGGAAUCGCUUCAAAUCUUUAAGAAGUUUUAGUUCACCAAAUUCCAGAGGUUAUUAUGUGCCACCAUUUUACAGUGUAAAUAGAACUGCCGCAGCAACACUACACAAUGACCUUUAGCCCUAUUUUUGUAAUUCAGAAACCUGGUACCCGUAUUAUACAGGUAGUUACAUGUUAGCCAUAGCACAGAGGGAGGAUAUGUAGCUUGUGUAUCUCAGAGAGGGGAACCAACCAUGGUUUUCCAGGUUUAUGCUGAAAUUAUUUUGUACAUAUAUGUGUCUUGUGUUUUGGAUAUUGUAGAUAAGAAGAUACAUUAUAGCAGUUAUAAAAUUCUGUUAAAGAAGAAAUAUCUAUUUUUUUGAAUUUUUACGGUUGUAUAAAACACUGAAAAUAAUUUAGAACAGUUUAUCUCCUUACCCAUGAGAUGCUCCAUUUUCUUUCAAAUUUGCAUGCAAGAUUUAACAAAUGACUUCACGGUCCAGCUCAGAGAAGGUAAAGCUGGGGGUAAACGGUGGAAAUGAGAAGCAUUGUUCCAAUUUUCCUCUUCUCUGUAUGCUCUCUGUCGAAGGCAGGCACAAAGUCUGGAGUUUGUAACAAUAAUUGACUGGGAGAUAAUCUGGAGAUGCCCCGUUGCAGAAUAAAGAGGUGUGUUUUUCAUAAUUCCAAGCAUCAUAAUUUCUACAUGUAUGUAGAAACUUGACUACAUACCUGGGGUCCUUUAGGCACCAGUUACCUCGUGCCGGAGAGCCAGAAGUUCUCUGCACUGAGCUAUCCCAGUGGUGCAGGACCUAGCUCAUUGGAUGAGAGCACUUGGCUGACCCACUCAGCUAAUGAGCCAACUCUGGAGAGUCAAUGAAAGAUCCAUGCAGGAGCUCCUGGCUCUCCUGAAGGCUGUCUGGAGCACACCAGGUAAGUUAUCAACCGUUUACAAAUGCAAGUGCCAUAACCCUGUAGAUCGCUUUGGUGGUUAUGGUACUUGGAGUGUUUUUCUUUUAAUUUCAAUAUUCACAUUUCACAAAUAUGUAUUAGUUAAAGUAAACAAAAUAUCAUAAAUUCUGGUGUCUAAUAUCACAAGGUGACAGUCCCCCUUUAAUCGGUUGGAAGUAUCUGGUUUGGAUAGCAACUCAUUUAAAACGAUGGAAAAUUAGAGGCUUUCUUCCUCAUCUUCAGCUUGUAAAAACCGUAAAUAUUAAACGAUUAACAUUUGGCUAACCUUAUUCUGUAUACUUCUAUCCUGUUCUAAUAUUUUGUGAUCUGUUUGAGAUUUUUUUGUUUCCUGUAUUAGAACUAAUCUGUGUUUUUCGUGUUUUUAGGAAACCUGGAAAAAGUACAAAGAAACCUUGCAGGAAUCAAAGAGACAGGAAGUGUUGAAAAUGGUAACUGUUUACAAUCGGUAUAUUAAUUUAGGGAAAGUCAUAUUGCCACAAAUAAAAUGGUAGAAAUAGAUUUAACACUGGGGUAAGCAGCAGUCAGAUUUUCUCAGGUAAACUGUGCAACUAAAAUUUCUUCUUUUAAUAUAGGAAUAAGUUGCUGUUAUGCUGUGUGUGUGUCAGUGAGAGAUAUGUCAGCAGGUGUACAGUUUAAAACGUACACUUACCUCACCACGCUGACUCGCCAGUUAAUCCCACUUAUCUCUCCUACUCACCACCCUCUCCUCAAUCUCUGAAUUAUUUCCUUUCUUCUUGUGUUCCAUUCGCUAUGUUACCAUUUCAUGUCUUGGUUAAUGAUAUGACUAAUCAAAAUAACAGAUAAGAGAGAGCAACAAACAAUAUCACUUCCUAAAAUGAAACAAUCAGAAUAGACAUUUCAACACUGAAAAUACACAAACAUACAUUUAGUUUGCAGCAGGUCAUAACAGCAAAAUAGUGUUCUACUAAGUACUAAAAAUUCUUGCCAUGAAGGGGUUAGAUACUUUUGAGACUGGAGAAGUCAAGUUGCAUUUUCACUUGAAUUUAGGGAAACCACUUGAAACAUUCAUUGUGUUGAGCUAUUUAACUGAUUUUGCCUAAUUAGUUCAUUGCAAACAGCUGAAAGUCUGUACAGUUUGACAAACUUUAUUUUCAAUGGGGGAUGAAUAAUUUUGAUUACAACUGUAAUUGAUUGGUGAAUGUGAUAUACAAGAAUGUGCAUUGUGUGUAAAUGUAUUAUAGAGCUCCUCGGAAACCUGUUGUGAAUAUGACAAAGAUCCAAAUUACUGGGCACUAAGUAUGAUUUUAUCAGAGAGCGUUUGCAUCUUAUUAUUUUCUUUUGCAAUAUAUAAUUAACUAAUAAAAAUAAUUACUGUAUAAUUAUAUAUAUUCUAACUGUGAUCUUCCAGUAAUUGAGUCUUGGAUCUGCCCCUCUAUGGAUAAUGUAUUACAUUAAUAAUAUCUAUACAACUGACUCUGUAUGUUUUCAUGCAGGUUCUGGAGGGCGAAUUAGCUGAAAAAAAGGAGACAAUUAUCACACUAAACGCCGAGAUACAACAAGCACGCUCGCAGAUCGGGAAGAUGGUAAGUACAAUAAUUCUAAAUAAAAAAUACACCGUCAAAAUUGUAGUAAAACAUUUUUUGAGUAAAUUUUUUCCCCCAGCAAUCCUCUAAUAUGUAUCAAUACGUUUGCCGGAAAAAUAAAAGCAAAUCUCUCUUACAAAUUACUGUUGCUUGUGGCUAAUUUCUCAUGUGUGACAUUACACUAGGUUUCAUAUCAGAAAUUAAUGCACACCAGUGGCAGGACUACCACAGUCGCAGGUGUGACCAGGCCUGUCACUCCAGGGGGCACGGCCACUCUGUUAACCCCUGCUAAAUGGGAUUCAUUAACGUGAGAGGUCCGGGACCCAGGCUGGGAGGCGGUCCGUGAGUUCCACUAGUAUGAAGAACAGAGCGAGCUCGGGGGGAGCAUGGGGCACUGCUGGAUGUGAGAUCACCCUGAUAUGAGCUGUCCAGUGCAUGGGUCCUAGGGCAGUUGCUGACAUGAAACCCGGAAUGACUAUGUAAAGAGCUGCGUGCUCCGUAACUUCCGCCGGGUGCGCUGUGUGGGCCGCGUCCCUCGCCGUGCUGGGGAGCUGAGCUGGCUAGGUGCUGCUCAGGGCCCCCUAAUCCUUCCUGCUGCACUUCUCCAUGCCAUGAGCUAUCUCUUCCUCCUAGCCUGUGCUUUCUUCCUGACCUACUAUAAUCCACUCUCACAGGGACCUGCUGCACAUUGUAGCCCAGCUCCUGGCUGUGUUGGGCUGUCUGGCUGUGCUGUACUGGGCACCCUCUAGCAGGCCAUGCAGCUCAGGCAAAGCAUGCAGGUCGUGGGCUUUUCCAGCCUGAUCUGGCUAGUGGCUCUCACUAGCCUCUGCCCCCUGCCACAAGCCCUCUGAGCAUGCCUUCUGGGACUGCUGGGUUUUCUGCUGGAUCUGGGCUUCAUCCACUUCUUUCAGAUCAGGAAGGCAUCUAGGGCCACCAUGGUGAAAGACAAGGAGCCUGUGAUCAGAUCCAUCUGUGUGUCCAUGUGAGAGACCUCAUCUUACUAUGGAAGCGACAAGACAUGCAGGAGACCUUCCAUGCCCUGUAUCUCCUGGGAGCAGGUAGGUUGGAUUGGGGGCUUCCUUUAAUUGGGUAGGUGGGAUCUGACCUGUAUCUCAAGGGGGUAGGUAGGUUGGAGGGGGCUUCCUUUAAUUGGGGUGGGAAACCUGUCCUGCCCUGUAUAUCCAGGGAACAGGUAGGUUGGAGAAGGUCUUCCUUUAAUUGGGGUGGACGUGCCAUGGGAUGAAGGCAGGCUCCUUUGGAGUGAAACCCCCUGGUGUCUAGGGGGAGGCAGUUAAAAUGCUCACUACAAGACCAUAGGAGAGAGAGCUGGACUGAGACAGAGGGUAAGUGUGUCUAUGUGUGUCAGUGUUUACGUAUGCUGGUGUAUGAAUCUGUGCAUGUAUGUUAGUCAAUGUAUUUGUGUAUGUGUGUCAAUCUGUGUAUCUCUCAGAGUGAAUCUGUGUGUUUGUGUCUUUGGGCAUCUUUGUAUGGCAGUGUAUGUGUGUUUCUGUGUAUGUGAUUGUGCCCCUGUAUGUGUGUGCGCGCGGUGCAUAUGUAUUUGUGAGUACACAUUUGCAUGCAAGCACCAAUAUUACACACAAGCACAUUCCUGCAUUUAACCCCUUAAGGACACAUGACAUGUGUGACAUGUCAUGAUUCCCUUUUAUUCCAGAAGUUUGGUCCUUAAGGGGUUAAACGCCAACAUUGCACACAAAAGCAAUUCUGCAUUCAAAUGGCAACACUGCACACAAACACACCCCUGCAUUCACAUGCGGACUGGGGGCCCUUAACAGGUUCUUGCACCGUGGCCCUGGGAUUUCUAGUUACGUCCCUGAUGCACACACUUAGUAUGUAUGGAUGAAUGUUCACAAAAAUUAUGAAUGAAUGAAAAAAUUCCAGCCAGAUCUUAUCACGUGCAGAAUAGCAGAUUUGGUGAAAUUCCCCUCGCAAGGACUUGUGAAAGUAGGAGAAAAUAGAUUUUAUUCACUAGGAACAGCAUCCCCUCUCCUCAUGGUACCUGAAUGUCAGUGUGAAUUUGUGUGUGUGCAUGCAGGACACUGCCUUUAAACCUUUUAGGGACAGUUGUGGUAUGUGGAUUCAACAAAUACCUAAAUCUUAAAGUAAAACCAACAAGAUGCAAGUGCAGGUUUUGGUUUCAUUCAUUAUUUGCCUUCUUUGCAUUCAAAGCCUAUUAGGUUUGCUAAAAAAAAAUAAUGUUGCCUCCUUUUUGCACAUGCCGCAACACUAAAAUACUAAAUAUAUUUGGUGCUAAGACCUGUCAAAUGCACUUUAAGUUGUGUUGGUGCCCAGAGGUUACAUGGAGGGUACACAGAUUAUUUUAGGUGUGUUCCUAAUUACCAUUUAUACAACUAAAAUGUAAUUUAUAAUAAAGCAAUGUAUCCUAUUUAAACAGGAUGAUUUCCAAACACAUUUAUCGUAUUUUAAAUGCACAUAACUGGGAGUUGUUUUGCUGGGGUAAAUUCAGACAAACCAAGAAUAUGGAGCUCCAAGAAAAGAUGGACAUUAGGAUAUAAUAUAGGGACACAGGGAUUUGGGCUCGAAAUAAGGACACUUGAGAGGUAUGCUAUCUGAUUUGGAAACUUCUUACAAAUGAGCCUUGUUUUUAUCCACUUUCGGAUCAAGGUUAGGUAAAUGAUUAAGACGUGUUGUCAAAUCCGAAUGUGUCACAAGUAUCCCUGUGUUUCUUUUCUGUUUCUUAUAAAACAUGACUAACAAUCGAAAACUUAAUGAGCUAAUGCUACGUUUGUAUGUUAAAUUAUUGGUUUUGCUGCCCUCUUGUGGUAGAGUGAAAUUAUUACCAGAGAUUGAAAUUAUUACAUUGAGAAUAUUACAGGAGUAUAAAGGUGUAGCAAAAGCAGUGAAAGUCUAGCCAUGGGAUGUUUUCUGAGAGAACAUAAUGUUGUUUAUAUAUCCAUUAACAAAGUUUUUAAUUCUUUAUUUUAUGUUGUGAAUAGGUAUACAAGCAGGCAUCCAAAGCCAGAACAGCUAACGCAAGUAUUUUUAAAUAGCAUAGUAAGACAUUUAUAUGGCAUAAUGGAUAAACUGCACCUUUUAUAAUAGUAUUGUAAUGAGGGUUAAGUCACAGCGGUCAGAGAGGGGUAGCUAUGUCAUGUGACAAUCAUAAUAAAGGAACCCACUGUGACCAAGAUUGAGGAGUGCUGACAGCAGUGAUAUUAAUAAUAAAGUAAAAAUUAAAAGUUAGAACAAAUUAAACUGGCCAGCUCAGAGAUAGAUAACGAGGUAAGUGCACAUGAAUUGCAUUGAGCUGGGUACUGCAACAUCAGCAUAGUGUGUAAACUCCCCCUAUACCCCUACUGUGUAUAGUUGGAUAGUAAGGCCCCAGGAAAAAUGAAAGUCAGGACAUAAGCAUAAGAUUAGGCUCAGAACAUAAUUUUAAAACAUUCCCAACUAAGGUUUGUAAUAUGAAGGCUGAGGACAGUGAAGGCCGAUAUAUAUAGGGGAGAACUCAAUUCAGCCAAUACUCUCUGGUAUAGUCCUGCUGUAAUCUGGCUGUCUUCAAGCAUUCUGGCCCCAUCAGGGAGGUGCAGUGGGUUAUAACCGGGAUAGGAAGCAACGUCUCACGCUGUGAUCCAGCUGUCUGGGCAGGCAUGAGGGUAAGUCCUCUAGGGCUGAUGUGUGUUGGCUGGUUCUGUACCGCGUUCGCCGACGUGCAGUACCUCUACCUUCUUCGCCACUUGUGGGCCGCCCCAGGGCUGGAGCCCAGGCUUCACGUUGGGUCUUGUCUGGCAAAUACUGGGAUGGGAUACCACUUUGUUUCUGCUGAAUAGGCUGCCGCAGACAUGUAGUGAGCUUCCGCCAAAAGUCUGUGAGGAUUUUAUCUAGCGAGGAGGGAAAUUUGGUGUCCACCCUGGUGCAAGCUGUUGCAUUUGUGGCUUUCACCAUUUUAAGUAUGACUCCUGGUCUGAAUAGCGGUAUAAUGGUACAAUGGUACAGAGUCGCUGUCAUGGUAGGGGCCAUAGGGUGUGGACCUGGAUCAUCCCAACUGGUCCAGACAGGGGGAGACAGGGCCAGGUGCACACAGUUUUGGGAGUCCAACUUGAUAUAGUCGGGCAGGACAGCAGCUGUCCACCCUACACAACGCCCGAGUAAGCCUCAUUCUAGGAAGACGACAAAUAUCCUCCCGAGGGACUAGAACAGAGUUUGCAAGCCUUGCCUCCGAACCAGUACUCCCUUGUGUACAGGACCAUAGCUUCUGGCUGCCAGGUAGGUACAGGAUCAGCUUUUGUGGGCAGAAAUUCGAAAGAUAGUUGGAGCUGCUAUCUCCUGCGACCUUUCAGCGUGGUGGACAGGCCAGUAGAGAGUGUUAGAGAGAUCUAUUCAAUACAGACAGCAGUUACAAAGCCGGAUUUCUGUAGGCUAUUACUGCACAUACUGUUGCCACAGAUUUGUCUCAAACAGAGGGGACACCUUGUAUCGGUUUAUGUAUUUCAAGUUACUAUUAUACUGAUACUGUAACAAUAUCUAGACCUCUUGUUGACAAUCUGUUAGACACAGUUAUAUUCCGCUGUAUUUUGUCUAAGAAUACACUGGUGUACAGUGUUUUUUUCCAAUCUCUAUCUCUGAUCCUACUUUUUAGAGAUCACUUAUCUACACUGAGGAUAUUUUUCCUCCUGAUAGGCUGCUUUAGAGACCUAUUUGAACGAUAGGUCUCCACCUUUCCAGCCCUACCAACUCUAUUUCUAGAUAGAGUCCAUUCCUCCUUAUGUUUAGGUUUAUUUUUCUAGCCAUUAUGGUGUGUAUAGUUUAAUUUAGACUUUUUCUCUUUCUCGUUUUUUCUGGGAUCAUACUUCUCCAGUAGAUACCUCAAUAAAGUUAUUUUAAGGACUUCAUUACUUUAGACAGCAUAUCCUUGCAGUACUUUUUCUGUACAGUGCUCCUGUUGCUAUGUUAGCUCAGGACCACUGAUUCUUUUAGCACUAUUGUAUUUAUACAAGGGUUAUCCCCUAUUUAAGUCUGCUUUCACACUCAAGUUGGGAUUUUUGCACUUAGGUGCUCUCCCUUCUUUUACUUUUCUUGGACAGGCCACACCCCCUAGUCUGAGGUUUUUAAUACUAGCAGAUUAAAGAGGAACAGUCACAUACCAGGGUUUUUAAUGUUAUGUUUACUUAUUCCCCAAAUGUAACAAUUAUAGGUCGUGUGGCCUGGACACUAAUGGUGAUCAGUAGUCAGUAGCUCUUGAACACUAGGGAGACACACAGUGUGCUCACAGCUAGUAUUGCAGCGAAAUACUGAAAUCCUCCACUUGAGAGGAUACCUACCUUCCACCAAAUAUGACAAAUCGCUCCUUGAAAAAGCAGAAGGGAGCAAUUACCUCCGUACAAGUUAUGACCCACAGGCCCCCAGCAGACCUGAUUCAAGAUGGCGCAGACCACACUCCAUCUCUCGCGUCUCUCUAAGUAGGGAGCGAUAACACCUGUAUCUCCAAUCCAGGCACAGCCCCUGCCACAGGUCGCUCAGUAAAGAAAAUGAUGACUGAAAUGCAGGCAUCAAUUAAAGCUGACCUCCUCACACUUUCUACAGAAAUUAAAGCUGAGAUUGAGACUUUAGGUGACCACACAGCAUGGAGGAAUGGAGGAAUUAAUAGGAGCUCAUAAUUCUCUGGUGGAUGUCUAUACUGCCAAGGAUUCAAAGAUAGCUCAGUUAGAGCAACCUUCCGUACUAUAACUCUGGCACCUACACCGUCUUUUCAUUUUUAAGUCCAGAAAAUUCUUUACUCCUUUACAUGGGCUAAAAAGAAAGCAAGAUUCUGAGAAAUCUCUAGAGGUGGUGCGGGAGCCCCAAUGUUCUUUAACCCCUUAAGGACCAAAUUUCUGGAAUAAAAGGGAAUCAUGACAUGUCACACAUGUCAUGUGUCCUUAAGGGGUUAAAGCUGCUAUCCUAGCACAAACUAUUUGCUUACACGCACCUGAGGCAUCUCUUCAAUGGGUAGACAUAGGGAGGGCACAUAUCUCUCCUUUGCAACUUCUAAAUGUUAUUUUGACACCAAGCUAUGGGGAAAAAAUCAGAUCACUUUAUCUGAUCAUUGCCCUUUAAAUUAGAGUUUGAGAUACUGUGAUGCGUUAAUGGCAAGAAGGGGAGUCACCGACAUACUCCUGGUGGUUAAGAGAGAUGGGGUGUUUCACUUCACCUCUCUGCAGGCCACCUUCUCAUUGUCUCCCAAAUAUAUGUUCUAAAACCUACAACUGAAAAGUGUCUUGCAAAAAUAUGUAAAUUCAUAUUGGAAUGUAUGUGCACAAUUAUGGUUUCAUAGAAUAUUUCACCACUGCUGGUCUAGUCCAUUUGUAAAUAAAGCUCUGUGUGUUAUAAUGCCUAUACACAAGAAUUUCAAAACAGGGAAACUCCAAAAAUGAGAUGGAAAGAUGUAUGUUUAACUAUUGAUAAGUGAAAUCCAGUUGCUCAACGGCUUAAAAGGCAUUACAUAGUGUUAUAAGUAUAACCACAUAGAGACACAUUGUAUGUUCUCAUAUACAGGUGGUAUUAAACUCUAGAAAAUUUGCAAAAGAUAAAUGCUUCAUCUAACCCAUAUUGCUGGAGAUGCCAACAACAAUCAGGCACAAGGCUCCAUAUUUGGUGGGUAUGCCCACAGAUACGCUCUAUCUGGGCACAAGUUCAAACCUUGAUCACAACAACCUGCGGCACCGGCUUGCCACUGAUACCAGCAACAUAUUUAUGUAUGAUAUUUCCACCCCCUGGCAACACAUGUUAUAUUGGCAGCAAAAUACCUAAUCACCCUAAAUUGUAAGAGCCAAAAAAAUCCCGCCAUAAGAAAACUAAAGGAUAGGAUACAUACUAAUUGCAAGUAUGAGCUUAUGGUCGCAUGUAUGAUCCCUCCGAAGAGGGCAGCUGAGAAAAUUUGGCCAUCUUGGCUAAAAAAUUUCCCCAUGAUAAGGUCUUCCUUCAUAGAAGUGGGCUCUGUAGGAAACAAAUCUCAGACACCCUAGAUACGUAGGAUUCCUCCUAGUGACAUUGCACCUGAUCCACUCAAAUAAGGCUAACCCUGGAGUCCUGAAAAUAAUUCUUAGGCUUACAUGGGAAGGUUAGAUGGGGUGGUUGAGCAACUUUGUACACAUUAUUGUUGAUUUAUAAUUUUUAUUGUUCCGGUCUGGUUGUUCCAGUGUGUAUUGGCUAUACAUAAAUAUUGGCGAAAUCUCUAAACUUUGUGCACUGUGCAUUAUAUUUCUUGUACCAUUCUUCUUUUUAUUAUGAAGAGAAGUAAACCGACUUCGAUUUGAGGAUGGAAAAAACUUUAACAAUGGGGCACCUCCAUCUUGGCUCUCUGGCAAUAAUUUGUAAAAACCUCUGUGUUCUGAAUCUGACAGUCAUCAUAGAGAAAGCAUACAUUAAAGAGGGGAAUAAAACAAUGUUUCUUCUGCUGAUUUGCAAUGAGAGACUUCCUUGGUUGUACCAGAAUUGAAUUAGAUUGAGCAGUCAUUUGAUAAACCUUUAAUAUAAAAUUUUAAAAUGAAAACUUUGAUCACAUUGCAAAUCCGAAAAGCAAACAUUUAUUUUAAUAGUUUUACAUUUGAAAACUAUGAAUUUAUUAACAGUUCACACAAAUAUCUCCCUGUGUACUUUUUUGCAACUCAACAUCACGAUAUUGCAUUAUCUCUUCCCUAGAAAAAAAAAGUAUUGGUUUAUCUGGCAUUUUUAUAUUUUCUUUGUAUAUUUGAAAAUAUCUUUAAUAAGGGAAAUUGAGACCAAUAUCCCUAAUAAGGGACAUUGAGGCCAAUAUUCUUUUUUUAUUUUUUGUUUUUGUUUUUUUGUUUCAUCAAUUUGGUUUGACUUGACUUUUGAAACACAAUAUUCAAAGAGCACCACUGGUGUAAGGACUGGCUGUGCCACUGCUGGUUAUCCCCACUUUUAUUAUGGAGCCAUUGCAGUGUUUACAGACUGAUAUUUACUGUACCCCCUUAUCAAUACAACGUAACCGCUAAUGUUAUUAGACUGCUGCUUGAGAGUACAUUUUCAUCAGAUGCACAGGGGGGAUCCAUAUCUGCCCAUGUUUGCAGAUACAAAACUGGGACUGGAGGAUUGUACGCCAGCAAGGUUAAUUUUGGCGGCAAAUUUCAGUUUAGUUUUAGUCACAGUCUUUUGACUAAAAAGCCUUUUUAGUUUUAGUCGUAUUUUAGUUAUCUGAAUUGUUUUAGUCGACUAAAUCGCAAGUAAAUUUUAGUCGACACGACUAACAUCUAAUGGGUUUAAUUAAAGCCUCUAUCUGUCUCUUAUGCCCCUUCCCGGCCCCUCUGUGUCUCUUUGUGUUCCCCCAGCUCCUUAUAUGUCUCAUUUCUUCUCCUCCCUCAGCAGGUGUCUGACCCGCCAGUGUUAAUUUUGGUGGCAACUUUAGUUUUAGUCAUAGUCUUUUGACUAAAGAACCAUUUUAGUUUUAGUCGUAUUUUAGUCAUCUGCAUUGUUUUAGUCUAAUUUUAGUCAACUAAAUCUCGAAAAUUUUUGCCAACUAAAAUCUGAGUAAAAUUGUUAGUCGACAAAAUUAACACUGUGAUGUAAUUUGCUGUCAGGUGGAGCAUGUAACCCCCCCCAACCCCAAGUCUUGAAGAUUGGUCCUGUAUUUUCACAGUGGUCUCUGAAUUUUUCACUAAAGUACAUCCUUACCUCACAACUUUCCCAGAUUCAACAGUUAUGUUUGAUAGUUCACCCGUUAUUAAUUUGUUUACAAUCUGCUCAUUUCGAUUCUGUACUUUACCCAUCUACUUUAGAGAACCCGUUUGGAUUUUGUUUGUUCAUGUUUGUGUUUAUUGUAUCCAUUUUUCAUUUAUCUAUGUUCACAAAGCAUUUAACAAAUAGUUAAUAUGACAAUGUGAAGCUUUUUUUUUUUUUUAUAACUGUAGAGGUAAUGAUACUGUAUAUUUAACAUUCACAAUACAAAGAUAACAUUAUUUAAAAAAAAAACUCUCAUUAUAGGCUACUCUCUGAAUUAAUAAUGUUAGAAGGUUGGAUUUAAUAAGAUUUUUUUUAAUUUUUGUUUUAAUUUUAGAAAAGUCAAUUAGAUGACCUGAGAAGGUCCUUUGACGAUAAAGUAAACAAAGUUGAGGCAAAAUAUAACCACAGAAUCCAUACUUUAUUGAACGAAAAUGCUGAUUUAAGGUAAGCGAGGCAAAAGUACUCUGUUUUUGUUUAUCCAUUCUUUCACCUAUGAACAUAUAUUCAUUCACUGUGCAAACACUAGCUACAAGAACAAAUAAACAAACCCUUGAUCCCUGUAGGAAUUUGUUACAUCAUGCUUUCAUUAUUAUAAAAUGAAAAUAUUCAUCCUUUCACUUGCAAGCUAUAUUUUACUUCCAUGACUCCGAGUACAUAUUUAUGUACUAACAAAGCUCUCUGCUAAUUCGUAACACACAAACCAUUAUUCACUGAAAUCAGAAUGGGAGCAAAUAAAAAUAUCUAUUGUAAAAUGUACGCAAACAUUCUCUAACUCGGCUAUAGUGAAAGCCUGGCUCUUUCUGCAAUUUGGAUUCUAAUUUGUUAAAAUGUAGUGAAUAAUCUUGUAGAUUGCUGGUGAUUAACUUCAGUCCAUUUUUCCAUGAGAAAACUUAAAAUGUUUGCAUGACAGUCUCUCCAUUCAAACUUUCAUUUAGUAAUUUUUUGCAUGAUACAGGAGGAAACUUAUCGCAAAGAACGAACAACUUUUCAGUGAAAGAAUUCAAUAA